ACAUUAUUUUCAUUUUUGGGUGAACUAACCGUUUAAAUCGCUCUCGCGGUACUUUGAAUGUCAUACGCCGAUUUGGUAGCUACAUUUUUUUUAUUGUUUUUAAUUCUGUUCUCACAUUGGUGCGCGGUGCUUGGGGAGCGUCCGUGACGUCAUCAGCGCGCUGUUCUCGCCCUUUCAGAGCCCAAACUGUGCGCGUGCAGAACCACAACAGGGAGGAACAACAACAACAACAAACAAACAAGCAAGCAAUCGGUCCAGUAAACACACAACACGCAGAGUUCCAGGCGCACCGCUUUACAACCGUUUACCGGCGAUCGCGCAGUUCGAGCGGUGAGGAAGUGAGGCAUGGCUGGGCUGAUGUCCGGGUUCGGCGGCUUUACGCACGCUGUGGUUCGCGCUGUCCCCGAGUCUCUGGCCAAAGAAGCGCUCAGGACCGGCAGUCUGGAGGUGGACCUGCUGAAAGCGCAGAAGGAGCAUGACGAGUACGUGUCGGUUCUGAAGCACCGGCUCGGGCUGGAGGUGGUGGAGCUGCCCGCGGAUGAGACUCUGCCGGACUGCGUGUUCGUGGAGGAUGCGGCGGUGGUGUGCGGCGACACGGCGCUCAUCACCAGACCCGGAGCGGAGAGCAGGAGGAAGGAGACGGAGGCCAUGAAAGACGCGUUGACUAAGCUCAGGCUGAAUAUUGUUGAGAUGACCGAUGAAUCGGCCACACUGGAUGGAGGAGAUGUCCUGUUCACAGGUAGAGAGUUCUUUGUGGGAUUAUCCAAGAGAACCAAUCAGAGAGGAGCGGAGAUCCUGGCCGACACGUUUAAGGACUAUGCCGUGUCCACGGUUCCCGUACAGGGCUGUCUCCAUCUGAAGAGUUUCUGCAGCAUGGCCGGACCAGAUCUCAUUGCAAUCGGAUCCAGCGAAGCUGCCCAGAAAGCCCUGAAGAUCAUGCAGCAGAUGAGUGAUCAUAAAUAUGAUAAACUGACGGUUCCUGAUGAUUUGGCUGCAAACUGCGUCUACAUGAAGCUGCCGGGAAAAGGAGACGUCCUGCUGCACUGCACACCGGAGGAGUUUCCUGAGAGCGCCAAGGUGUUUGAGAAGCUGAAGGAUCACAUGCUCAUCCCAGUGUCCAAUCAGGAGAAGGUGAAGGUGGACGGCGCUCUGACCUGCUGCUCGGUGCUCUUCAGCAAGAACAACAACAACUGAAACGACCGGAAGCCAUUUACAGUCGCUCAGCCACUGCUGUCUCUAAUUCAGUCGUUUUAUAUUAGCUUUUUCAACAGAGAAUAUAAAAAAACAUACUUUCAAUCCUGUUAACAUUCGAUUUUUCUAAUAUGUGAGGAAAAUAAAGUACAUUUAAUUUUCUAACUUGCAA